ACAAAAGUCAACCAUAUUCUUGUCAUUUCCUUCCUUUGUUUACUCCCAGGCACCCCUACCCUUUACCUACACUCCAAAUUUCAUCUUCAAGCACAUAUAAAUACCAACAUCAAUCAGACCCCUUUCAUUUCAUUUGGUAAAGGAUCUAACCAGCGAUAGCCAUGGCCGAUAAUUGGUGGGAUUCAUCUUCAAGAACAAGACCUUGUUUGGACUCAGUUUCUGUCAGCAACUCCAUCAAUCUCUUCCAAGACACCCAAACCGCCACCACGGAUGACACCACCACCACGACAGCGACUAACACCGGUGCUGCCACAGCCACCAACACCAUGAUGGGGUUGGGUCUUCCAUCACAGUCACUUCCACAGUCGUUGGAUUGGAAUCAAGCUUUAUUGCGUGGUGAUCACAAAAGUGAUAGUGGUUUUCGGAAUCUACUUCAAGAUCAAGAUAGUUUGAGCUCGAACACGACCAAUUUUCAGCUUGAAAAUAACCUAUGGAGACCACAAAAGAUGUAUCCAGCUAGUUCGCAAGAUUCUUCAUCCGAUUUCAAGCAAAUCAACGUCAGGGGUUUCCACUUGGAUCAGCAGAUGCCAGAUAGCGAUAGCGAAAGCAUAAUCACAUGCCAAGGGUUGAAUUCAAGCUUUCAAAAUAUGGAUUUAUAUGGAGCCCCUUCUACCAUAAUGCAAAGUUUAUUCGGUUCAGACCACAACCAACAACAAGAUUCUAAUUUUGAUCAAAACCAAGGAAUGAGUAAUUAUUCUUUGUAUCAAUCAAGCUAUGGCGCUUUAAAUGUGCCCGGUGGUGGUGGCGGCGGGGAGUUGUCAACAUCUAAUUGGUCUAAAUACCCCCCUCAACCUCUAGAAUUUGGAGUGAAUUCACCUUCAAAAGUGCAGUUGGACAUGGGUGGCAACCAACUGCACUUUGCUAACAACGCGCGAUUUUGGAAUGCAUCGGCUGCGGGUGGUGUAAACGAUAUCCGUUCGAGCUUUUUUCCAUCAUUACAAAUGCAACUACCUUUAUCAAGCUUUGAGGAUAAACCUAAGAUUACACCCAAAGUAGUGAAAGAAAGCGCUAGCGAAUCAUCAUCAAACAAAAGACCUCGAAACGAAAACCAAUCAACUUUACAGGCUAAUUUUAAGGUGAAAAAAGAGAAGAUGGGGGACAGAAUCACUGCACUCCAACAAUUAGUUUCACCUUUCGGAAAAACGGAUACGGCAUCUGUAUUGUCUGAAGCUAUUGAUUAUAUCAAAUUCUUACAUGAACAAGUUGGUGUUCUAAGUACUCCAUAUAUGAAGAAUGGAGCUCCCAUCUUGCAACAACAACAGCAACAGACACUGGAUAAACCACCAGAAGGAGCAAGACAAGACCUAAGAAGUCGCGGGCUAUGUUUGGUACCUGUUUCGAGCACAUUUCCUGUAACACACGAAACAACGGUUGAUUUCUGGACACCAACGUUUGGUGGGACUUUCAGAUAAGACUAAAUGAUGAUGAUCAUUGAUGGCCAGAAGGAUUAAUGAAUUUGAAAAAUGGUAUCAAUAAAUGAAAACAAGAAGAGCAAGUGGGAGAUGAUAAAGAUAGAAAGGUAAAAAGAGAAAGAAAACAAAUGGUGAUAGAGAAAGAAAAGCAAAGAAAAGGGGAUGAAUCUUUGAUGUUGGGGCAGCUACAGGCAAAAUGAUGCAGCUUUGGCCAAUAUCUUUGUACAAGAAUAUGAGUCUUGUUGUAAUAAUUGUAGCUUUCUUAAUCAUUAAUUAAUUAACUAAAGUGUGGUCUAGGAAUAUAUAUGAUCACAGUUCCUAAUCAA